AUGCCUCCUCGCCGAGCGCAUACCAAAUCCCGCCAGGGCUGCGACCAGUGCAAGAGACGUCGCGUGAAGUGUGACGAACAAGGGCCACCAUGCUCCAAUUGUAUCUCCCGGGAGCUUCCAUGCACGUAUUUGAGAGCGCCGCCGCGGCUCAGUGAUGCCCGGGCAAGCCAACCCCCAGUUUUGUUGGCCACCGUAGACUCGACUACCCCGCGGCCGCUGGCGAUCCCUAGGCUAGCAGCCUCUGUUUCUGCAAGAAUCUCAAGGGUCCGAGAUCUGGAGCUUAUGCAUCAAUUCUCCACCGAAACGUUCAAGAGUCUUUGCUCCUCUACCGCGGAGUAUCAUGUUUGGCAAAUCUCCAUUCCUCGUCUGGCUCUACAGUAUGAUUUUCUAAUGAAUGGCAUCCUGGCAGUGGGGGCUCUUCAUAUUGCCGCCACAAUCGAGCCACCGGCAUCCUUGGUGUAUAUCGACACCGCCCUUCAAUAUCACAACCUCACAUUUGCACCAUACCGCGCGGCUGUGGACAGUAUCAACCCAUUAAACUGCGAGGCUGCCUUGGCACAGUCCAUCAUCACAACCGUUGUCGGCAUUGCUCUGCCAAAGGUCACUGCCGCCCGUGGGGAAACGUUAAGUAUGACCGAGAAUAUCGUCGUGGUGUUUGAACUCCUGCAAGGGGUGAAAAAGAUUCAUCGGAUCGGUGAAUCGUGGAUGAAACUAGAGCUCUUUUCUCGCCGAAGAAACUACUGGGACACUGGAUCAAUCAAUCUAGAUGACGACACGCGGGAGGCUCUUGAGAGACUCGGGAUGCUGAAUGACAAGACGCUUGCCAGUAGCGAUCCAGAUCAGCACCAGGUCAAUAAAGACGCCAUUGUGUAUCUGCGGCACUUCUCAAUGCGAGCUGCUAAUUGCCCUGACGCCGCCAACGUCCUGGCUUGGCUUGCGAUGAUUGACAAGGAAUUUGUGGACAAUGUGCGACGCCGGCAGCCUUUAGCCUUGCUGAUUCUCAUGCACUGGGGUGUGUUGCUUGGAGAGCUUGAUGGCCAGCAUUGGUGGGCCCGAGGCUCCGGUCGUGUGUUAGUCUCCGAAUUGUUGAAUGCACUGUACCCUGAAGGCGUGCAAUGGGCAAAGGCUGUGGCUUGGCCUCAAAAGAAGAUGGGACUGUGA